CUCCGUGGGUCACAGCGGAAGAAAAUGGCGGCCGUGGCUGCAGAGCCAGGAGCUGCGGUGAUUUCGACAGCUUCGACGGCGGCAAUGGACGACGAAGGCCCACCAGAACCGGGCCCGGGACUUCCAGGAGUCCCGCUGCAGUCUGAGGGGCCUCAGGAGUCCGGCCCGGCUGUGGAGCUGCUGGUUGUUCGUGUGGAGGAUGGAGGGGAUGGGGAGGAGCGCCGCCAUGUCAGGCCGGAGCUCGAGCCCGCGGCGGGAAAAGCUCUGUGUGAAGACGUCGUGACGGACGAACUGAUCAACAACCUCCCGCUAGACCGGGUCAGCCUGGACCGGUUCGCUCCCGGACUACUGGGGGAUCCUGAGCGCGGCGGGAAUGUGUCUGUCCAGGCGGUGUACCGCAGCAUCCUCCCGGACCCGCAGCCCUCCGCCGUCUUCCUGCACUCCUUCCCGGCUCCGCCACCCGGCGCCGAGGCCGGACUGUCUCUGGCCGAACCCGCGGUACCGACCACCAACGUGACGAUGGACCGGGCCAAGGCGGCGGGACGAGACCGGGGAUACACGGCCCUUGUCCAAACGGAGCUGAGUCCGGGGCCCGCUGAGGACGCCCUGUUGGAUGGUAACGCAGACCGGCUGUCCGGCCCAGUCAAACCAGACGGGCUGGACCCGGAGACCGGGUUCAUUAAAAACACUGCAGGGAACGAGGAACCGCAGGGAUGCGGCAUGAAGGACUCGUCCACCCCCUGUCGGUCCCCCAAGAGACGCCUGCUGACGGACAAGCAGGAGGACACCUCCCGCCUCCUGCCCGAACCCGGUCCACUCGUCUCGUUCCAGGACCUGAGUCCCGGCUCCGAGGUCCGGGUCUGCCUGGACCACGUCAUCGAUGACGCGCUGGUGGUGUCCUUCCGGCGGGGGGAGAAGGUCUUUUCCGGGGUGUUGAUGGACGUGUCCAGAAGGUUUGGACCGUACGGAAUCCCCAUCACGGUGUUUCCAAAACGAGACGAUAAGAGUCGACUUCAAACAUUUCUUCAGUCAAGACCUGUUACCAAUGACGAGACGUCCACCAAACAGGAACAAGCCACCAUUAGCCCCCCAGCCUCCCCACCCCAUCACCCAUGGACUGCCAAGCCACCACCGUUGUUCCAGGAGGGGGCCCCCUACCCUCCUCCUCUGUUCAUCAGGGACACCUAUAACCAGGCCUUACCUCAGCCACUGCCACGAAAGAUCAAACGGCCAAAGCGGCGCUAUCGCUGCGAGGAGCCAACCUCCAUCAUGAACGCCAUCAAGCUCCGCCCCCGCCAAGUGCUCUGUGACAAGUGCAAAGGCGUGGUGGCAUCAGGUGGGACCAGGGAAGCACGACGGGGCCUAGUGGAUCUGAGGGGUGAGGAGGCGUCUCGGCGGCGGAGGGUACCUGAGGGACCAAUCUCCUCGGAGGUCAAGAGGCUAAGGAGUGACGACAAAGGUGGGCGAAUGGCCACAGACAGACGGGCAUCAUCAGGGAUCUGUAUGUCAUCAUCCCCUCGUCGUGUGCUGAGGGGCGUGACAUCAUCUUCGUCCUCGUCAUCCUCAUCCGGCCCCCUCCGUUUGAAGCUGAACUCUAAGAAGGCGCUGGCCAAAGAUUCUGCCAGCGAUCGCUCCAAAGCGCGGCAGGUUCUUCAGAAGCUGACGAGAAGCUCCCAGCCUCCACCACAUCGCGAGCCCAAAGACCAGAGUCAGGUCCAGGAUCGCACCAAGGCUGUGACCCGAGCAGCAGCCCUGCAGAACCACAACCAGAAGGUCCACUUCACCCGCCGCCUGCAGCACCUCAGCGGAACCGCUGUCAGCUCCAGCUCCCGCACUCCGCUGCCGCCCAGAAUGCGACUCAAGCCUCAAAGGUAUCGUACCGAUGAUAACCAGGCUCCCCCCCCUCCCCCGCCCAAACAGGGCACUCGCUCAUCGCCUCUCAAACCCGCUUUAGACCCCAACCCCACAUCGGACUUGGUCCUGGCUACCGCUCUGCCAUUUCUUUCACAAGCGUCCCCCUCCUCCACCUGUGCAGUCAGUGUUGUCGUGGAGACACAGGAAGUCUGUACAGAUCAGGGGGGAGGAAGGGGGGGAGGUGAGGGUCCUCCCCCACCACCCCCCCCGUCCUCCUCCUCUUUUUCGUCCUUGGAAUCAUCCCACUCAGAGUGCGGCUCCUCAGAGACCUUUGAGCCCGUGCCCACUGGAGACCCACCCUCCCUCCUCUCUCCUGCCCCCUCUUCUGCCUCGUUAGCUCCUCUUUACCCCCCGUCUUCCUCACCCAUCAUCCCUCCCCUCAGAUCCGACAGCGAGGAGCCACAGGUUGGCGGCGGCGAGGAGGAUGAGGAGGGUGGUGAAUUGAAGAGGCGUCGUAAGUCUUCCACAUCCUCUUCCUCGUCCUCAUCUUCGUCGUCUUCCACCGUGUUCUCUAAAUCUGUGUCAAAGUGUCCUCUCCCAGACGGUCGGACCGUGUGCGUAGGUGACAUUGUCUGGGCAAAGAUCUACGGUUUCCCUUGGUGGCCGGCUCGAGUGCUCGGCAUCACGGUCGUGCGGCGUGGUGACACAGGACUGGCGGUGCGGCAGGAGGCCCGAGUUUCCUGGUUCGGCUCCCCCACCACCUCCUUCCUGCCACUUGCCCAGUUGUCCCCCUUCCUGGAGACCUUCCAGUCUCGCUUCGAUAGAAAGAGGAAGGGGCCGUACCGUCGUGCCAUUGCAGAGGCCGCUAGUGCAGCCAAACAGCUAACGCCUGAAGUCCGAGCCCUGCUUACGCAGUUCGAGACGUAGCAUCCGAUAAAACAACCCCAACCCCCCACGCUUCUAACCCCUAUCAUUGCCCCACCCUCUUCAGGUAGUGGGAGAAGCCUGGAUUGAUUCUUGACGAACUGACGUGUUUGUUUGAGCGUAAGGGGCGGAGCCUGAGGCUAACUAGUUAGCAGAGGUGGUGGAGCCUGAGGGUAACCAGUCAGUGUUAGGUGAUCAGGGGGUGUGACUUAUCCAUCAGGUGUUAGCAUUUCCACUCGCCAUCUCGUUAGCGUCAUCUUUUUCUAGUUCAUUUGCCAAAGUACUCAUUAGUGAUGUCAAAGUGAUAGUUAUGAUGUCACAUUCGUCAUGAAUCACUAAAGAGAAUCACAAAACACUCAUUAACAACUAAAUAAGGUUCAUUUAGUUACUAAGCCAAACAUGGCUCUAUCUAGACACUGGUUGAUUGAUUGAAAUAUUGAUUAGUUUAUGUGAUACCUGGACUUGAUCAGUUCAGUGAUGGCGACUAGAAACGCUGACAUACCUAUGUCACUUCCUGUUUCUCCUGGUUCCUGAACAUUCUGUCCCAACUGAAAACUUUUUGAAGAGAAUUUGAAACAGUGUUGUUCAAACUGAUACCCGAGUUCCCAAACAGGGUUCAAUGACAUCAUCUGUUCUGUGAUUGGUUCAUAUUAUCAUCUCCCACAAUCCAACAGGAGCUGUACUAGGUCCCUGUUGUCCUUUGUCAGACAUUGUCCCUGUAGUCCUGUCUUGCACCUAGGGAUGUCGAAUUAACCUAUUUUAUGAUGACAGCGGUUUCGAAGCUGUAAACUACGAUAUCCACCUAUGGUGUCCUUCCUCUCGUGAGUUAGGUGAUUGAUGUGUGCGCCGUUCGGUGAAAUCGUUAGCGAGUCACAUUUUGUGUGUGCGAGCCACUGAAACGUUAACUGAGAAGAGGGAACUGACGUAACAAUGUGAUUUCCGCAAACGUUUGGCAAUAAACUCCAUCCACACACACCUCUCUCUCUCCCUCCCGCCUUCUUAUCCUCUUUAAACAUGUAGCCGAGUGUGUAAUUCACCUAUACUGAGGUAAAGGUAUGAUAAGGACAUGAAGAAUGUUCUUAAACCAGGACAAUAUGCUUUUUCACAACUAGCCAACACUUUGCUCUCAAAAGUAGUACAACCUCGGACAGUGACACUUAACAACAAAAGUCCCAAACAGAUACACUGCUUAUGAAGACAGGAAACACAAAUUCACUGACCAGCCUUCCACAGUAAGGUAACUAAAUAAAAUAGCUUACAUAAAUUACUUUAAAUAGCCAAACGUUACGCGAUAAAAACUGUAGAUAGUAAAUAUUUUAGAUCAUUAGCUAUAUAUUGCUUGUUGUGUGUCUUUUUCCUUCUAUAGUAUCAAUAAUCGUGAAAACUGUGAAACCGUGAUAUUUCCUCUGACAAUAAUUGUGGCACCAAAAUUUCAUAUCGUGACAUCCCUAGUUGCACCAGGUCCCUGUAGUCAGGAUUAACCCGACUUUUAGGCGAAUCUUUGAUCAGUUCCGGGUCGUUUGUUCAGAAUUUGAUCAAACUCAUGGAUCAUCAGUUUCCUCCUCAGGAAGUUUCACAAGAAAAGAUUCAGCUGCUGAUGUUUAUUUAAAGACUCUUAUUUUGAAGUUCACAGAUGAGCAGACAGACGAACAGGAAGUACGCUGACUGUUAGAAUGAUGAUGGUGAAGGUGAUUUUCCCUCAGACUCGUUUUACCGUCUGUUUGCAGAUCAGAGAUUCUGAACAAUGAAACGAUCAAUUCAUCAAUCGAUCAAAAGAAACUGUACAUGUUUAUUUCUGUUGUUUUAAAUCUAUUAAUAAACUGUCAAACUUC